AAUAUUACUUGCACCCAACACCACCCAAUAAGUCUAUUGAAAAUCAUGCCGAUAUGACUUUGUCUCAAGACCAUGAUGCCGGCAAAAUUGUGGCGAAAGACAAGAAACGGUUGUUUGAUCUUGAGGACGAUUUUUUCUCUUUAAGUACUUCCGGGGAUAAGAAGAAGAAGAAGAAAUCAAAACAUAAGGGACACCAUCAUCAUAGUAGUGAUGGUCCAGAUACGAGCAGUGAUGCGAUCAAAGUAACUGACAACCUUGCAUAUGAGUCAUCAAUAAUCAGUGAUGGUAUAAUUGCUGAUACUAUCAAAACUUCUGAAAAUAAUAAUGAUAUUAAUGAUAAUCAACCACCACCACAAUCCCAAAUACAACCACAAACAAAAACACAAGUAUCAUCAAGUAUACUUAAAGUAAAAGUAGAUCGAGAGGCUAUUCGGACACGAAUAGAGAAAAAUUAUAAGAAACAAACAAAGGUCGAUAGCUUUAUAAUUGAUGAUACAGAGGACCAAGACUUAGAAUUCUUACGAGAAGACCGCUCAUUUUCCCCCGCAUUAGCCACUUCAAACUCUAGCAGUAUAACUGAUGAUGCCAAAUAUAAGUUCACUAGUGAGAAUGAAAGGAAGAGAAAGUAUAUAAUCAAGGUUAUGACAAAAUUAGCAGUACCUAAAGACUUUAAUAUUGAUGAUACAAUUGACUUUGGAACUCAUGGUAUGAAGUCAUUUGAAAAAAUAAAAAAAGCCAUUAUCAAAUACUUCCGAGCUAAAUUAGAUUCACAGCUCAGUAGAACUCAAUUGAAGGAAUACGAUGCAGAUAAUGUUUCUUUGAUUUGGGUAGAGGCAAAGAUGGAAAUGAAACCAUUUUUCAAACCAAGCACUCUACGAAUCGAUCCCCAUUAUGAUAUUUUAAGUGGUGAUAUACGAUCUACAAUUAUAAACUGUUUGUUGAUUCCAAAGGUGAAUGUGACUAACCUUUCAAUCUAUUUUAAAGAGAAUUCAGUUGAAGACAAUAGUUAUAUUAAUGGAUUGAGAGAUGAAAUUGACGAUGAACUCGAAGAGAUUGAACAUAACAAAUAUAGUGCAUUUAGUGAUGAUGAUGAUGAUGAAGUCGGAUUGAUUGAAGAUCAACAAGAUGCGCCUAAAGAAUUGAUUGAAGAUACUGAUGAAUUCUUUACAAUUGGUUUAAAGGGUAAGGACAAUAAAAGGAUAUCAAUUAAAGUCUCACCCCAGACUCAACUCCAGAAAUUAUUAUUGCAUUAUUUAAAAGUUAAAAGUAUUGAUGAGACGAAAGUUGACCUCAGUCGAGCUAAAUUGAUAUUUGAUGAUGAAGAGAUGGACUUAAAUGGUGUCGUAGGAGACACCGAGUUAGAAGAGGAUUUUGAGGUACAAGUUGUAAUAUAAUCACUAACCGCAUGUAAGUAAAUUAAUAUUAAAAUAUAUAACUAUUAGCCCCAAAAGGUGACUAAUACCUUGCAACUCAAAUCGUAAGACUAUUAAUUGAAACAAUUAAGAUAAUAGAGUGGGGCGGACGUUUUAUGCCCGGUAGCGGUACAUUUGAUGUAGAUAAGUUAUCGAAUACAUUGAAUAAUUCAAAUAGACUAAAAGCUGUGGCAGUAAGAUAAAGGCACAAGAGUUCUGAAAUCUUGGCAUUUAAGGU